AACAUGACAUGUUCUAUUUUUUGCUUUUCAGAAAUAAAAUGGAGGGUGACGGGAUAAAAUCCAAGAGCUCAAAGAAGAAAUCUAAAGACAUUGGGGACCUUGGAACUCUUCAAAAAGAAUUACCAUUCCAAAUAGAACCGUCAGAAAAAAUUAAGAAACUCGACACAUCUCAAUGGCCGCUGCUUUUGAAAAAUUUUGACCGACUGAACCUGAGGACAAGCCACUACACGCCACUGCCCUUCGGCGCGUCUCCGUUGAAGAGGGAACUAAGAGACUACAUCCGCAGCGGCUGCAUCAACCUCGACAAGCCGUCCAACCCCAGCUCGCACGAGGUCGUCGCCUGGAUCAAGAGAAUACUUCGUGUAGAAAAGACUGGACAUUCGGGAACCCUCGAUCCUAAAACCUCAGGUUGUCUAACUGUUUGCAUUGAAAGGACUACGCGGCUUGCUAAAUCCCAACAAUCAGCCGGAAAGGAAUAUAUUUCUGUGUUCAAAUUGCAUUCCAAUCCUGGAGGAAUCAAUAAAGUUCAACAAUCACUAGACAAAUUGAAAGGUGCUCUGUUCCAACGACCUCCUUUGAUUUCCGCAGUCAAGCGGCAGCUCAGAGUCAGAAAGAUCUAUGAGAUCAAACUUAUCGAGUAUGACGAAGAAAAGUACACAGGUAUUUUCUGGGUGAAGUGUGAAGCUGGAACUUAUGUGAGAACGCUGUGUGUUCACUUGGGAUUGUUCCUAGGAGUUGGCGGUCAAAUGACUGAAUUGAGAAGAAAUCGAUCCGGUAACCACAGUGAAGAAAUGGGACUGGCUUCCAUGCAUGAUAUUUUGGAUGCGCAGUGGUUGUAUGAUAACCAUGCUGAUGAAUCAUACUUGAGAAGAGUCAUCCAUCCGCUGGAGACACUGCUCACUUCGCAUAAAAGAAUUAUCAUGAAGGACAGUGCUGUGAAUGCUAUCUGCUACGGUGCUAAAGUGAUGAUACCUGGUGUGCUGCGCUACGAGGAUGGCAUCGAGUUGAACGAGGAAAUCGUGCUGGUAACCACUAAGGGGGAGGCGAUUGCAUUGGGCAUAGCGCUGAUGACCACAGCUACAAUUGCCAGCUGUGACCACGGCAUCAUAGCCAAGCUGAAGAGAGUGCUCAUGGACCGCGACACCUAUCCCAGGAAGUGGGGACUCGGUGCUAAGGCUUCAUUGAAGAAGAGAAUGAUCAAGGAGGGCUUGCUUGACAAGCAUGGAAAACCCAACGAAAACACGCCCGCUAAUUGGCUUUCACAAUUCAAAAGCGCUGGAGAGUCAGCGGAGAAGAACUCUGAGAGUGUUUCGGAAACACCAAGCAAGAGUGAAAGAAAACGUAAACUGAGCGGAAGUGGAUCAGCAAAUGAUGAACCUGCCUCAGCACCAACAGAAGAAGCCAACUCAUCCGAGAAGAAGAAGAAAAAGAAGAAGAAGAGAAAGAAGGAUGAUGAAGAAGCACCUGUCAAAGAAGAGAGUGAUAGCUAGUUUUUUAUCAGUGACAUAUCUGCCAAGAAUUUAUGGAGCUUCCAUAUUUUCACUUGAUUGUUUCCUCUGUUUUUAUAUCUGAAGAUAUCUAUGUAUACUUACAUAAUUAUUAUCAUCUUUUUAAAUGAAACUAUACUUGGAAACUGUUGACACUUCCAUAAUGAUAGUUUAAAAAUAUUAUUUCAGUUUGAAUUUCUUCUAUUUUGUUACAAAUCAGCUAGUUCCUUCAUUUCUGUCUUUGAUGAUCUAGGAUAAUUCAAUGUAAGCUUCUGGUAACAAAAGUUGAAAUUAUGAAAAUAUUUUCACGUGACUUGAGCACAGGUUCAAUGUCUGGAAGUAAAAUAUUCCAGUAGGUUCUGAGUUGAUUACUGCCGGUCUACAGUUUGUUUACUAUUGUAAAGUUUGUUCUAUUCCUUGGAAUGAAAUUUAUUUGGAUCGACUUCAAUAAUUUAUCAAUAUGUUUUUAUAAUAUGGUGCCAGGACAACAAUAGCAUUAGAAGUAGUCUGUCUAUAGUAGUAAGUUUAAAAUUAUUUUUAGCUAAUUUUUUCAUGUAUCUUGUUAUGAAUUUAUACUGCCUUACCUUGUCAAUGCAAGCAAUUAAGCAUUUUAUUCAAUACCUGCUACUAUCCCUGUUGAAGUUUCAUUGUAAUUAGUUAGCUAUAACAAAUUUAUUAUGUAAGACUCAACAAAUUUUUAUUUAGAAAUGUUCCUAAUUGUCAGGGUAUUAUACCUCGACAGGACGGAAAUAUAUUCAACAAACAAGAUAUGCAUUGUGCAAGGAUCUUUAGUUAUUAUUUCUGAAUCAUCGUUCUUUUUACUUGAAAUAAAAAAAUUAAACUGAAA